GCCUAUCGGAGGCCGCCAUGAAUCGGGAGUGCUAAUUGGCCGUGGUUCACAGCCAAUGGCAACGGUUUUUAUUGUUCCUCCCGACGACAUUGAGAAGACGGAAGAUGGGAGGAGUGAGGCUGGAAAUAUUCCGGAUGUGCCUUUAUCUGUCAUUCCCUGUGACAGUAUUUUGGGUCUCAAAUCAAGCAGAAUACUUUGAGGCAUAUGUGGUCAAAAGAAAGAGAGAAAUAUAUCCACCAGAAGAGGAGAUGCAUCGAAAAGAACUAGAAGACUUCAAAGAACGGAUGAGGAAAAAGCGAGAGCAGAAACUCUUACAACAUGCAGAAACCCUGAAAGUUCAGGAUCAGUAAAACAUAUUCUAUACUGCAGAAGCUGACGCACUUUGUAACAGAUCUUCAAUUAAUACAACUGCUGGAACUUUGUAAACUUAUUUUUUUCUGUCUUCUGGGAAGCCUUAACACCUGUUGAUUACUUUAUCCAAUAAAAUUACUUUAAUAUAAUUGCGAUGCAGGAGACAACUGUUUUACAAAUUUUCACUUGUGAAUUGCAGAGGCUAAUGAGUAUUUAUAUUUGCUUUUGAUCAGCCGGGUUUUUCAUUUGUGGAAUUUGCUUUAAUGCAUUUACCUCAUUGGCAAUGUGGUGUGGCAAUUUUCUGACCUGUGGUAAUACAUAAAGACAUUGUUGUACUUAGCUGGGCUUUCAAUUGAUUGUUUCUGUCAACCAAGGUUCGAUUCCUGCAGAAGUCUGAAUUUGACUAAAACAGUAGGUGUUGCAAUACUUAAAAGUUACAAAUUUUCUAGUAUUCCUCUAGUUUCAAAGUAAAGGCAUAUGUUCCAUAUCAUAUGCUUUCUCUUGGGGGGGGGGGGGGGGUGGGGGGGGGAGCAAUGGAUCCUGCCGGUGAAAAUCAGAAUAUUUAAUCUCAUUGAUAUAUGUAAUGAAAUUUGUUGUUUUGUGACAGUAUGUGUCCAAUACAUAAAAACUAUAAAUUACAAUAAUAAAUAUAUUACAAAAAUUAAAUAAGUAAGACCAUAAGACAUAGGGGUAGAAUUAAGACAUUCAGCCCAUCAAGCCUGCUCCGCCAUUUCAUUAUGGCUGAUCCUGGAUCCGACUCAACCCCAUACACCUGCUUUCUCACCAUAUCCUUUGAUGUGCCAACCGAUCAGGAAGCUAUCAACCACCUCCUUAAUAUACCGAUGACUUGGCCUCCACCACAGACUGUGGCAGAGCAUUCCACAGAUUUACUACUCUCUGGCCAAAGAAAUUCCUCCUUACCUCUGUUCUGAAGGGUCUUUCCUCAAUUUUGAGGCUGUGCCCUCUAGUUUUGGAUAUCCCCACCAUGGGAAACAUCCUCUCCACAUCCAGCUUAUCUAGUCCUUUCAACAUUCAGUAGGUUUCAAUAAGAUACCCCCUCAUUCUUCUAAAUUCCAUUGAGUACAGGCCCAAAACUGCCUAACGCUCCUCAUAUGUUAACCUCUUCAUUCCCGGAAUCAUCCUUGAACCUCCUCUGGACUCUUUCCAAUGACAACACAUCCUUUCUGAGAUAUGGGGCUCAAAACUGUUGACAAUACUCUUAAGUGCAGCCUGACUAGUAUCUUACAAAGCUUCAGCAUUAUCUCCUUGCUUUUAUAUUCUAUUGCCCUUGAAAUAAAUGCCAACAAUGCAUUUGCCGCCUUUACCACAGACUCAACCUGUAAAUUAUCCUUCUGGAAAUCUUGCAUGAGGACUCCUAAGUCCUCUGCACCUCCAAUGUCUGAACCUUCUCUCUAUUUAGAUAAUAGUCUGCACUAUUCCUUUUACCAAAAUGUAUUAUCUGGUUAAGGACUGCAUGAAUUGAAUAUCUUUUAAUGAAAAAUUACAUCAAUAUUAAUAUUUAACCAUAUAUGGGUUGUUUUAAUUAUGCUUUUAGUUACAGUUAUUGUUAGACAAAGUAGGUUCUCUGCUACUUGGGUAAUGUAAUUUAGCUGUUAAAUUCAGUGUUCGUUAAAUCUAUAUAACUAAAGAUUGAGGAGCAUUGGUUUUGAGUGUGCUUUGUCAGUAUUUAGUGAUCUAUCUUUAUUGGAGAUGAAUUGAGCAUUGUGAAAAGAAAUUAAGUCUUGAAUGAACCCUUUGGUUUUGGAGAUUUCAUACUAAGCUUUGUUGCCGUUUCACCCUGCAGCUGAUAAACUAGUUGCGUUUUUGCACAUUGUGAUACUGAAGACAAUUAAUUAAAAUUCAUCAUUGUUUUUUUCUAAGGA